AUGCAGCCGAGCGAGCCAGCCGACGCCGCGCUCGCCGCUAGCGGAAGCCCCCCCCAGCGCGGCCUCAACGGUGGCCGCUUCGACUUCGACGACGGCGGCACCUACUGCGGAGGCUGGGAGGACGGCAAGGCCCAUGGCCAUGGUGUGUGCACGGGGCCCAAAGGCCAAGGAGCGUACGCCGGCUCCUGGCAUUAUGGAUUCGAAGUAUCCGGCGUCUACACCUGGCCCAGUGGGAGCUCAUUCGAGGGACAAUGGCAAAACGGAAAGCGCCACGGCCUGGGCGUGGAAACUCGAGACCGAUGGCUGUACCGUGGAGAAUGGACACAAGGCUACAAAGGUCGCUAUGGAGUUAGACAGAGCACUACCAGCAACGCCAAGUAUGAAGGCACCUGGGCAAACGGAAUGCAAGAUGGAUACGGCUCUGAAACAUACGCCGACGGCGGAACGUAUCAAGGACAAUGGAUGCGAGGUCUCCGUCAUGGCUAUGGAGUGCGGACGUCAGCGCCAUUCGGUCUCGCAUCCCACUAUCGUGGUGGUGCACGGGAGCACCGAGGCUCCAUGUCGUCCCUGGCGGACACGGGUAUUCCAGAUCCCUCCGAUAGACGCAACCAUCGCAUGGACGAAGCGAGAGGCGGCUUCGUGCUUAGAACCAGCUCUGAUGAGCCUCCAAGAAGACGGGGUUCAUUGGGAGAAAAGGCGAAAAAGGGGUUGUUCAAUAGGUUUCGUCGUGAGCGCAGUGCUGGCGACUUGGACCCGCGAGGGACUGCUUCAGUCAGGUCUGGAGGUUCCGGCGGGUCCGCAGCCUCUUGGGUCUCGUCCGUCGAGAGCACUCAUUCCGCCACGACGAGGGUCUCGUUGCAUACUAACUCCAACACUAGUUUUAUUGUUGAGGACGAACACUUAGAUGCUUCUGUUACUGAAACGUAUAUGGGAGAAUGGAAAAAUGACAAACGAACUGGCUUCGGUAUUAGUGAGCGCAGUGACGGCCUUCGAUAUGAAGGAGAAUGGUUUUCAAAUAGAAAGUAUGGCUACGGUGUAACAACGUUUAGAGAUGGCACUAGAGAGGAGGGAAAAUACAAAAACAACGUUUUAAUAACAAGCCAGAAACGCAAACAUAUGUUUCUCAUGCGUUCGGCUAAAUUUCGCGAACGGAUCGACUCAGCGGUUAAUGCGGCGCAGCGGGCUUCUAAGAUUGCAUUACAAAAAGCUGAUAUUGCUAUUUCCAGGACAGCAACGGCGCGGGGGAAAGCCGAGCAAGCCGAUGAAGCGGCGGACCAAGCUAAAGAAGACUGUGAUAUAGCACAAGCUACUGCUAAGCAGUUCGCUCCCGAUUUCAGGCAUCCCGGAUUUGAUAGAAUAGGUUUAAGAGAACGAUAUAGACAAAAGCCUUUUGAAUCACAGGUAAUGGCACCCCCAGUGCAAGAAUCUGAAAAGAUCUUGGACGGAAAGAGCAUUCCAAAUCACAUCCCUCCGACCCACACGCAACUUCCUCAAAUGAAUAAAAUUCCAAAUUCAAUAUCUUCUAGAAGACCUUCGGCGCAAUAUGGAAAACCACCAGCACAGUCUGUUGACCCUAGAUACGCAAAUAAUACUAAUUAUAACACUGACGAUAGAAAUACAGGAACAACCUAUGACUCAUACUAUAAUGCCUCGCACGAAACAUGGCCUAAUAGUGGUAAUUUACAAAAUCCUGCAUUCGAUAGUCAAAAACAAUAUCAAGGAGAUUCCGGAGCCAGUUUUGGCUUAAAUCCACAAGCUACAGCGUACCGCUUGCAACAACAACAAAGCGUCGAUCAGACUAAUCAACAAUACACCAAUCAAGAUCGUCGAGUGUCAUCAGCAACGAGGCAGUCACUGAAUCAAAGAAUACCACAAGAGUGGAAUGCUGGACCAGGAGUUUCAAGACGACAAAGUAUACUUGCUCAACCACGUCACGACCCGCAAAGCACCACGUACGUGGAUAGUGGCACAGCAGUAUAUGGACGGAAUGGACUACGUACGGGAACGAUUCAUUCGGAAGGAGCACUGGAUAAGCAGACGCCUAAUGUUGACCAACAAGGCUAUCGACAAGAUACACAAACAUAUAGACAACAAGAACCGGCAUAUAGACCAGGCCCAGAUCAGCAGUUUAGCCAACAGCCUGAUGUCCAAAAUUAUAGACAAGCACCGGACCAGCAACUUUACAGGCAACCGACUAUGGACCAACAACAGUAUCGGCAGCCUACGGAUCAGGAUGUCAUUAAUGGAGAGAGAGAUUUAAGGCAGACAACAAGUCGGCCAUCGAUUGAUUACUUCGAUCACUAUAAAAGACCCCCAAGCCGAGAUUCGAGUGUCGACAGAUACGGAAGGCGAUCAAGACAACCGUCGGUUGAAGCUGCAGUACCAAGUAGCGGGUCAAGGUCAGGGUCUAUAGCCCCACAACCAGCUUCGUCAUCGCGUCCACCAUCCCGAGCGGCUACUCCCGCUAGUAAUGGACACCUAGCGUCUGGCCGAGGUUCUAUUUCCCGCGCGUCGUCUCGGGAACAACAGCCUUUUGAAGAUACGUUAUUGCGGAAGCGUAAUUUGGGUCAAGAAAUAUCACCAUCUCCUUAUCAGCCAAAGCGUACGGAGAGUUUGUAUGUUACGCAAAACCCGACGCCACCACCGGCUGCGCCUAUGGGAAGCGGUGGUGGCGGCGGAGGCGGCGGAGGCGGUGGUGGACGCAAGAUGUUGAGUACGCCACAGGCCCUCCAACGUAAAAAGUCGUUGCCUGACGUCGCUGGAAUGCCAAGAAUGCCAGAUGGCGGCGGUAUGUCCCGCGAAGAGGUGUCAGCUCUUGGAUCCGCGCGGAGAGAGGAAGUGCGACGAAUGUACGAAGAGUCAGAGAAAUUAAGAGCCAACCCUCUACUCUACUUAGUCAGUCCGCAAGUCAAGGACUGGUUUUCGCGGCAACAGCUAAUAAUCUUGGUGCUGUUCAUCAACAUCUCAUUAGGAAUUAUGUUCUUCAAGCUACUCACGUAG